ACUCUGUUUGAUUUCGAAAACGGAUUGUCAGGUUGGACAUUGACUGGCAAUGCAUUCAACAAUCAGCCAACAUACGGCGAUAAUUUAUUAGAGAGGGGCAGAGGACCUGCCAAUCACAAAGGGAACUGGUGGAUUGGCACCUAUGAGAAUCGGCCCAGUCCCUCCCAUCAGGCUGGUGCAAUCCAAAGCGAUGUUCCCCAAGGCACGAUGACGUCACCCUUUUUUGGUAUUAAUGGCAAUUCUCUUCGGUUCCUUAUUGGAGGAAGUUGUUACGUAGACGAGGUUCGUGCUGAGCUUAUUGUUGACGGAAAUGUGGUUUUUCGGAAAACUGGGGAUUGUAGUGAUUCCAUGACAGAGAAAAGCUGGGAUGUAUCUGGUUUUGUUGGUAGAAUAGCUCAGUUGCGUUUGGUUGACCAUUCCUCAACCCACUAUGGUCACAUUAAUUUUGAUAAUUUAAUUUGCCAGUGA